CGCGCAGGUGAUGGGAGUCAUGUGACUGAGCUGAAUCUGGCUGCUGCGCUCGCGACUGAAGUGAAGCUAAGGCUAAGCGCUCCUCCAGCAUAAACACCAGAGUCUUUGGCCCGUGACUUCAGAUAUAUUUCUCCUUCUGGCCCCCAACAAAAAAAAAAAAGUUUGGACACCCCUGCUUUAGGAGAUGCUGUCUACACAGUUCCAGUGAGAGCUUCAGGGGGGAGCCAGGAACGCACAGAGCUACUCCCAGAAUUUUCCUUUCCUGAGAACCAAGAAGAGGCUCCAGGAUGUCGUAUGGAUCCAUUGACGGCGGCUCCUUUGGCAGCAGAAACCCGUUUGGUGGGCCCACGAGGCAGGGCUACCAGCCAGUAGCUACUCAAGUCAGCCCCUCAGAGUUGCAAGAUGUGUUCCAGGAAACUUCCUCCAACAUCUUCCAGAUCAAUGCCAACGUGGUGACUUUAGAGAAAAGUCUUCAGUCCUUGGGAACAUCCAGAGACACAGCAGAGCUACGCCAGAGCCUACACUCCACACAGCAGCAAACCAAUAAAGUUAUCACGAGCACAAGCCAGCUCAUCAAACAGCUCUCUGACAUCAUCAGUGGCUCCUCACAGCAAGAUCGUCUGCGUCUGACCAGGCUGAAGACAGAGCUGUCUGAGUCGGUGCAGCGUUAUGGGGACCUGCAGAAGAAAAUUGCAGACCGUUCGAGGGCCUUGCUUCCACCAGCACAACAUGACAGAAAACAGAGCCCGCAGACCCCCUUCACUGAGCUGUGUGAGGAAGGAGUGCUGUUUGGAACAGCAGAGGUCGUGGAGGGAGAAGGACAGCAGGCAUUCCUGUCUGAGAUCAGUGAGGAGGAUGUGGAGGUUCUGCGCCAGAGAGAAGAAGCUCUGCUACAGAUAGAGAGAGACAUGCUGGAUGUGAACCAGAUAAUGAAGGACUUGGCCAGCAUGGUGCACGAGCAGGGGGAUACAAUAGACAGCAUUGAGGACUACAUACAGACCACCGGCUCACACGUGGAGUCUGCUAACCAGGAGCUCGCAAAGGCCAGCCAUUAUCAGAGGCAGCUGAGAAAGAGGAAAUGCUAUCUGCUGAUAGCUGGAGCACUCAUACUGACUCUACUGAUCAUCAUCAUUGCUUUAUCAGCCAGAAAAUGAGGGAAAACAUCUAGCUGCUGGUUCCUGCUCCGCUGUGAUCUCUGCUCAGCCUCCGUCGGGCCGUCCGUUCCCUCACCCUCCUCCUGCCUCCGACUUCUCUCCUGUGUGCUUGCUCUUUUAUCUGUGUUGGGAAUAAUGUGAGAAUGUGUGUGAACAUUUUACGUACAUUUUAGGUAUUUUUAAUGAACACUGUUUUUACUGUCCUGCUCUAUACCUCUCCUGUCUGAGCUCAUAUCAAAGAACAAAAAUUCCAAACUGAUAUUAUUUUUGUUUUUGCUUUGUGUCAGUACCUUAAUAUUAACUAGAUCCACAUAUAUAUUCAGUAGUAAAAUAAAAAAAAUACAUGUCUACAUUCUUUUUUUUUUUCUAGAGCACAAAAUAACAUAUAUAUGGUGACAGUGUCAAAUAUUUAUUUUGGAAAUGCCUGAGAUUCAACUCUGGGUAAAGUUUUUUUUUCUGCUAAUGUAUGUAUAUCUGUAUCAUAUAAUUAAUUAAACAGUGACAUAUAAAAUGCA